AAAAUUUCCAGCCUCAUGGGCCUGUGCGUAUGGCCCAUAGGCCUCGGCAGCAGAGCGUUGCACGGCCCCGCACCGCACCACGAUCGACCUCCGGCUCCCCAAUCCAUCGCGUCUCCUCGCCCACCGCCCUCGACGACUCCCGUCUCCUCGCCCGCCGCCGGCGCCGAUCUCCAUCCUGCUAGCAGAGGUGGCGCCGGCGUCCUCCUCCUGUCCCCGCCGCACCAUCGCUCACCGGCAAUGUAUAUUCGAGUGAAACGGAACAAGACUACCUACUUCAUACAAUGUGACCCAACAGAGACGACUUUAAGCAUUAAACAAAAGUUGCAUUCAUUAGUUGAUCAGCCUCCCGGUAAUCAACAGCUGAUCUUGUUGGCCACAACUGAAGUUGUUUUGGAUGACUCAAAGACAUUAGCAGAUCAGAAGGUUGAAAAUGAUGCUGUUGUUGCAUUAACACUGAGAAAAGAUGACAAUGUGUUUGAGGAAGUUUCCAUUGCAAGGCCCGAAGAUUUCAUGUCGUCCUCAUGAUGCAGACUCCUCUUUUCAACCCCGUGGGUUAUAUAUGUACUCUCCUAAGCUUGUCUCUUUGGAUUGCUGCUCAGCUUCUCUCCUGUUAUAGAUGCCGGGCAACGGCAUUGCAUUAAUCCUUGAUUUGACCAUCCAACUGAUUUGGUCUUUUCUACCUACCGAAGCCUGUGCGUUCUGGAUAUUCUCCUAAACGCACCCCUGCUUGUACCUGAGCAGCAUGUUGAGAAAGGAUCAAUUGUGGAUUCUGUGGGAUCAAUGUAAUGACUGAUUUGUUAUAAUCAUGAUUACUCGCAGAUUGGUUAUCACAAUUCCUAUGGGAUGCACCAGGUAAACACUGGUACAAUUACUCUUGUUUUCCAGGUGAUUUAUAUAUGAUUCUCGCUGAGGGUUCUCCUA